AUGGGUAUCGCCUUGCUGGAUCAUGUCUGUAACGACAUAGUUCGAGCCAGAAUGAAAGUUGCUCCGAUAGCCAAGAAGAUGCAGGAAGAACGGCUGCAAUGGGUCUCCCAAGCUGAGAAGGAGUUCGACGUUUCCGGUCCCCCGGAUACCCAGCUAAGAGUAGGCCAUGCCAGAAGCACCACCGUCUGGCUGAUUGAGUCGCUAAUUGAUUUCCUGAUCGAUAUAGGAAAAGAAGCCCUGCACACUGAAUUAAAUCUCCGGCGUCGGAUGUCAUCAAGACCAUUGUCAGGUUGCACAGAAGGCCUUUUUGGACCAAAAGGUUACGAAACAAAGGCAAGUGAGACGGAUGUGAGGCAGCUGAGUGGUGGCACACUCAUCAUUCGAGGUGAGGAAGUUCCAUCACGAAACGUUGGAGGUAUUGAAUUUGUCGUACACCCACCUGUUGUCCAUCUUGUCGAUUCACAUGAGAUCCUAUAA